UUUCAGACACCUCCGUUUCUAAUUAUUUUUUUAUCAAAAAUGAGUCUUUCAAAUCUCCCUAAUAUUUCUUCAGAUCCUUUAAACCUGCUCAACGUUGAUCAAAAAACUAAUUUACUUUCAGACCCAGUUCGUGUUGCCGAAUUUUCUUUGGAUAACAACCGUCGUCCUGUUCUCGGCCGUUCCAAGGCUCGUUAUUUUUAUGAGGCCGUUGUAGCCAAAGGGAAGAAAAUGCCAAUUAAAGCAAAAUUGUCUGAUGGUUACAACCAAGAUAUAAUUAAAGAAAGGGAGGAUGACGGGCUUAUUUUUUUGACUCGUUGGAUUUCUUCUUUGGCCCCUCCAAAUAGUAUUUUAAAAGAGAUAAUUCAUGACUGCGAUUUUGUUAUUUGCCGUGGAACUCUUUUACGUUUGAUGACUUCCUGUUAUGAUUCUAUUCCUCAUUCUGUGGGUAUGAAACUUGUUUGCUGCAAAUUAAAAGGCGUUUAUUUCAUUCGUGAAUAUUACACCCCAACUAGAAUUGAAAAAGAAGUAAAUAUGAUUGAUAGACAUAAUCGAAUGUGUUAUGAAGCCCACAAAUUUAAACAGCUUGUUACUACAAAAGGACAGGGAAAAAGGCCUGAUUUUAAAGAAACUGUUUGUGUUAAACCCGAUUUUAUUGGGGUUUUUAAAGGUUUGGAAAUUUUAUUUUUGUCGGGUUUCCGCUUUAUUUUGUCAUUUUAUAGGUUAAAUAUAGGGUUCCUCACGAGCGGUUUUAAAACCGAAAAUUUUGAUAUUUUUUUGCCAAAAAUUAACCGUUUUUACAAAAUUUAA